AUGGGUUUAUCGGAUAUUUACUCUUUGCUACCUUGGGUUCAAACCGUUCAACAGCAUGAACCAAUAGAGCCUUUAACGUUCAUUGAUAAUAAAUAUGAUACACAUGUCACAAUAAAAACAUUGAUUGAUAAAUAUAUUCCAGAGUUCCAGCAUGGCAGUACGUCAUUAAUACCACCAUUUUUAUGUAGUGGGCACAUGCAGACGAUUUUUAGUUCUAUGUUCACAUUCGAAAAUAAACAUCAAGUUUACUACAAGAGAUGGAUUUUAAACUAUCCUGAUGGUGGUGAAGGGGCACUAGAUAUUUGUGUGCCGAAAUUAUCUUUCAAAAAAUCGAGCUAUGUACCAAUCAAUCAAACCAAACAACUACUUGAACGGUAUACUUACUUCACUCCUGAUGAACAGUUCGAAUCCACUGAUUCGAAACCAAUGCUCAUUGUUUUGCAUGGCUUGACGGGCGGGUCGAAUGAGAGUUACGUUAGAUCUCUUGUAGAUACUAUCUGCAACAAUUACGGUUUCGAGGCUUGCGUUUUAAAUAGCCGUGGGUGCUGUCAGUCUAGUAUCACUACGCCAUCCUUAUACUGUGGUCUAUGGACAGAUGACAUUAGGCAUUGUGUGAAAGAACUUCGCUCACGAUUUCCAAAUAGAAAGUUCUUUUUACUGGGUGUAUCAUUAGGUGCCAGUAUGGUCGCUAAUUACUUGGGUCAAGAGGGCGAUAAUUCAGACAUAUCAUUGGGUGUUGUUUUAGGUAACCCAUGGGAUUUGGCAGAAUCAUCAUAUCACCUCGAAAGAAAUAUUAUUGGGAAGUAUGCUUAUAGCCCAGCCUUGGCAAAGAACCUUGUUAAACUAACUUCAUCGCAUUUGGAUGUUCUUAAAAAAAACCCAGAAAUGGCUAAAUUGUACACUGAUCAUCUAAAUAGUGUGAAAACUGUAGAACAAUUUGACAACUAUUUUACUUCAAGAAUGUUCGGAUUCAACACUUCUUUUGAGUACUACAGACAUGGUACCAGCUCUAAUAGACUAUACAACAUGAGAACACCAUUACUAAUUCUAAAUGCUUUAGAUGAUCCUAUCGUGGGAAGCGAAUCACUUCCAUAUAGAGAAGUGCAGUGUAACCCUUUUAUCAUGAUGAUAACUACUACAAGAGGGGGUCAUAUAGGUUGGUUUGACGUUAAUCUUGAAAGAUGGUACGUUAAGCCCGUUUGUGAAUUAUUGCAUAAGUUCUAUACCGAUAUCUGCAUGCAAAAUCUAAUACCAGAUAUACAAUCUGUUUCUUUGCCAAAAAAGAAUUCUUUCAAGGUUGAUAGAAUUGUAAUUUGA